GGCAUCGCCGUGCCCGUACCCCCGCACAGCACGAGCACACAAGGGAGACGAGAUGGCCGCUAAAGACUGCGUGAAGGUGGCAGUUAGGGUCAGGCCUUUCAACAAGAGGGAAAGAGAUGCAGGAAGCCGCUGUGUGGUAUCCAUGAGCGCGAACACCAUCACCAUACAGGACCCUCGCAACCCGCAAGCGCGUCGCACCUUCACCUUCGACUACGCGUUCUGGUCCCACAGCGGCUACCUCAAGAACAGGGAUGGCCUGUUUGUCGCUGAGGAGCCAGGCGGACGCUAUGCUGACCAGGGGAGUGUGUUCAGUGACCUAGGGCAGGGCAUCCUGGAGAACACUUUGCAGGGCUACAAUGCCACCCUCCUGGCGUACGGGCAGACAGGCUCGGGGAAGAGCUACUCCAUGGUCGGGUACGGCCCUAAUAAGGGCCUGGUGCCUACGCUGUGUGAGAGGCUCUUUCAGGCUGUGAAGGCGGCUAACCAGGAGAGCUGUCAGUGCCAGGUGUUCUUCAGCAUGCUGGAGAUUUAUAAUGAGCAGGUGAUCGACCUGCUCUCUAAGGGCGGCCGCUCCCCGGGGGGGCUGCGCGUGCGAGAGGACCAGCAGAGGGGCUUCUACGUGGAGGGGCUGCGGCGCGUGCCGUGUGACAGCGCCGCCCAGGUGGAGCAGCUGAUGGAGCAGGGGACCCGCACCCGCACCACCGCCGCCACCCACAUGAACGCCAACAGCAGCCGUUCACACAUGCUCAUCAUCGCUCAGCUCAAGCAGAUUUUCACCAAGGAGAACAUCACCAAGCAGUCCAACAUCAACCUGGUGGACCUGGCGGGCAGCGAGCGGCAGCGGUGUUCCGGGCUGGAGGCGGACCGGCUGAAGGAGGGCACGGCCAUCAACGUCAGCCUCACCACACUGGGCAACGUCAUCAGUUCUCUGGCGGAGGCUGCCCUGGGCAAGAAGGCGGUGCACAUCCCCUACAGAGACUCUGUGCUCACCAAACUACUGCAGUCUGCACUGGGGGGCAACAGCCGCACUGUCAUGAUUGCAACCCUGAGUCCGUCAGAUAUCUGCUAUGAGGAGUCUCUCUCUACCCUUCGAUAUGCAGAAAGGGCGAAGCGUAUCCAGAAUAAGGCGGUGGUGAACGAGAGCCCCACUGAGCGUCUGGUGAAGGAGCUGAAGGCGGAGAACUCCAAACUAGUGCUGCGGCUCAGCCGACUGGGUCACGAGGGACGCAAGGCAGAGGAGGAGACCAAGGAGCUUCGCAGGCUCCUGACCCAUAACGAGAUGCAGAUCAAAGCUAUCCAGACACUGUGGGAACAGCACCUCCAGGAGGCUCUAAAGGACUGGGAGAUGCAGUAUGCCACCAUCACACAGGAACGGCGGAUGAUGCAGAUGCACCCCUACAUGCUGAACAUCAACGAGGACCCGCAGCUCUCCGGCGUGGUCAAGCUCUUCAUACAGGAGGGUGAUUGGGACGUGGGGCUCUCAGAGGGCACAACUAGAGCCGUCGCUAUCAAGGGCUUAGGUAUUCAGGAGAGACACGCUGUCUUCACCAAUGAGGAUCGUAGGGUGUCCGUGACCCCCGUGGCAGGGGCAAAGGUCACAGUGAAUGGCCUGCCCAUCACAUACCGCACUGAGCUGCAGCACCUGGACCGGCUCAUCCUGGGGUCCAGCAGCACCUACCUGUUCAUUGGCUGCCCCUGUGAGCGCGGCGCGGACGACUGGAGUCGCUAUGACUACGACUACUUCCAGUCAGAGCUGGCGGCCGCUGAGGGCAUCCACAUUCUCACACUGUGCGACGACCAGACAGACCCCAGCUUACUGGCGGUGUUCUACGACUACAUCAAACUCAUCCCCAUGGUGACCGAGGCCAACCAGAUGAGCCAGGAGCUCAGCAAGGGGGUUGAUUUCAAGCUGGAGAUUAAGAACCUGGCCAUGUCCGACUGUCGAGGCCGUGAUCUGGAGAAGGACAUCGCUGUCCGGGUCACAUCUGUGGAAAACAAGCAGGUGUGGAUGUGGUCGAAGGCGAAGUUCAUCAACCGUAAGUUCCUGAUGGAGGAGGUGUACCAGCAGCAGCAGGUGGCGAGCGCGGGCGGGGGGGAAGGGGCCGAGUCCUCGCCCCCGCCGCUGCCCAGGGACCGAGACCCGUUCUGGGACCCGCUGGAGCCGCUGCACCUGGGCAGCGCCCACCUGUGGCUGCAGUCGCUGGCCUUCCGCAUCCCCCUGGAGGAGCAGGUGGAGGUGCUGGGCCCAGAGGGCACGGAGGAGGCCAUCCUGCAGGCCCAGCUGCUGCCCUGCAACCCCGCGGGACUGCCUCUAGGAGAGGAGGACAUCCUGAUCGACCCCACAGAGCUUCUGGGCAAGAGGCUGGACUUUCAGCUCCUCCUGGAGCAGUGCUGUGGCCUACGGUGGCUCAAAGAGGCCAAGAACAGAGGAGUGCAGAUUGGCUUCCGUGUGUAUGAGUGUCCUCAGAGCUUCUACAGCCCUGCGGUGUGGCAUAAUGUCAACCCCCUGCUGGAGCACAGGGUCCACCUCACGGCCAUGCGCACCUCCCAGGACUUACUCAACUACCUGCAGAGCAGCGCACUGGUGCUGGAGCUGUGGGGGUUACAGGAGGGCUGUGCUGAUAUGGUGUCCUCCAUGACUGGACUGAGGAUGACUCCAGAGGGAAGCUUCAUCAUCGACAAGGCCAGCGCACCAGACCCCUCUAUGCUGGAGUACCCUGCCUCGGCCUCGGACCUGAGGUCAUCUCUGAGGGCGCUUCACCAGGACAUGGAACAGCUGAGGAGUGCAAACGCCACACUGAGGAAAGACAACAGCUCACUGAGAGAACAGCUCAACAGAGGGACGGAGGGUAACCGUGGGAGAGCGGAGGGGCGUGGCGGCCUGCGGCCCAGCUGUGAUGCGGAUCUGGCCCGAGCCCUGAAGGUGUUCUACCACAGCAUGACCUCAGUCAGGGCCCAGCUCCAGAGACUACGCCGACACAGACCCAGCGAGGAGGCCGACCUGCUGGGCCUGAGGCUGUUUGUGGACGAUCAGUCUCGUCUGCUGCGGGACUUCGGGGAGCAGCUGGAGCAGAGCGUCACGGCCCUCAAACAGGAAGUGGCCGCCGUCGUCCGCCGCAAGAGGGAGCGGUCCGGCACCUGGUAG